UUUAAUAAAAGGGAUUUGGGCGUCAUUGGGUUUGGGUUCGAUCAUCCAUUUUCCUUCUCUCCCCUUCUCUCCCCUUCUCUCUUCCUCACUCCGUCCUCCCUGCGCCAUUCCUCUAUACAAACCGAUACAUAUUUACGCACCAUCUCCUCUCUCUUUCUCUCUCCCUCCCAUAUAUACGUAUAUAUUUAUAUAUAGAUAUAAUUUAUAUGCAUACGUGUUUGUCACUUUGUCGUCCUUUUCGAACAACUCACAGAUCGGAGCUUUCGCAGAUCCGGUUAAUUUUCCUCUUCUCUCCGUGGGUUUGGACAACGUCAGGUGAUCGUAUUCGAAUUGUGUCUGGAGACUUUAGGUGUUUUUUUGUGCUCAAAGAAGUUUGAUAUUGUCGCAUCCGUAAAAGUAGUCUUCGUGUGGUUAGGCAUUUGGUAACAGGUAGAUUUAAGGUUGUAGUUUGGAUGACAUUAGAUCUAUAUAUUAACAAUGACUUCAAGUAUGUUAACUGGGGAGCGAAGGUGGGCCUCUGCGAGGAGAGGUGGCAUGACUGUCCUUGGCAAAGUUGCUGUUCCAAAACCCUUGAAUUUACCAAGUCAGAGAUUAGAGAACCACGGAUUGGAUCCAGAUGUUGAAAUUGUUCCCAAGGGAACUCUCAGCUGGGGAAGCAAAACAUCUUCAACUACCCCAAAUGCAUGGGCUUCUUCUACAUUGUCCCCAAAUGCUGAUGGUGGCACUAGCUCUCCGAGUCAUCUCAGUGCCUGCCCUUCUUCUGGUGGGAACGGUAGUCGACCGUCUACUGCUGGUAGUGAUAGAACACAUGAACCCAGUGUGAGUGCAUGGGGUUCCAAUUCUAGGCCAUCAUCAGCUUCUGGCGCAUUGUCUUCUAGUCAAACAUCAUCAACAUCCUUGCGCCCACGAAGUGCAGAGACAAGGCCUGGCAGCUCACAACUUUCACGUUUUGCUGAAACUGGUACAAAUCAUCCAACAGCAUGGGGAGCUGGUACUACUGCAGAGCGAUUGGGGAUUUUAAACUCUAAAAACGAGGGAUUUUCUCUAAGUUCUGGGGAUUUUCCUACUCUUGGUUCUGAGAAAGAUAAUUCUGUGAAGACUAGUGAGCAACGAGGUCAUAGCUCUCACAGUCGGCCUAGCUCAGCUUCUGGUAAACUCUCACAGGACAAAGGCAAUACUGAUGGAACAAACCCUGAGCAAGAUGUCAAAAAUGGAGCAGUUGGCAUGUGGAGAAGAGAUGGUCCCCAUGAUAGUAUUCAGGCUGGAAUGGACAUGUGGCAAGGGGAGCCCCACCAGUAUGUUAAUGCUGAUGUCCCCACUCAGCAUUUUGAUGCAUGGCGUGGUCCUCCUAUGCAUCCUCCAAAUUGGUAUAAUAGAGGACCUCCUGGGGGACCUGCCUAUGGACCUCCUGUUGGUCCUGGUGGGUUUCCAAUUGAACCAUUCCCAUACUAUAGGCCUCAGAUCCCCCAUUUAGCAAAUUCACAGCCAGUACCUCCUCCAGGGCAUGGUCCUAGGGGACACCACCCGAGAAAUAGUGAUUUGUAUAGGCCCCAAAUACCAGAUACUUAUGUUCGCCCAGGUAUGCCUUUUCGACCUGGGUUCUACCCUGGUCCAGUGGCUUUUGAUGGCUAUUAUGGUCCGCCUAUGGGGUACUGCAAUUCCAGUGAGCGGGAUAUUCCACUUAUGAGCAUGCCUCCUGGCCCCCCUGUUUAUAAUAGAUAUCCAGCAACAAAUGCUCCCGAUCCAAGCAAUUCUCAUGCCAGAGCUGCUAGCCGAGGUAUCAAUAACAAAACAUUGCCAGAACAAGUGGAACCUGCUCAUCCUGAUGAUGCUCGACGACCAUAUAAAGUUCUUCUAAAGCAGCAUGAUGACUGUGGUAGAGUAGAGGAUGGAGAGAAUUCGAGACAAACUGUACCAGCUAAUACUCCACAUGGAGAUAGGAUCUGUCGGUCUGGGAUAUCAUCACAAAAGAAUGAAUGGGAAGUCCACAGUAGUGAAGAAGAGAUGCUUCCAAAGAGAUCAGUAAUGAAUGAGAAUUCUACUUCACACAGUGUUGAUAAUCAAAGAGGCAAUUCUUCUGACAAUGUCAAAUUUAAAUCAGUUGAAAGUAUGGACAAUGUAAGGACUGCUCCUGAUAGUUGGAUUCAAAGGUUUGCAACUACAGAAUCCUCUCCUGGAAUGGCUCAAGCAUUGCCAGCUAUGCAAAGAAGUUCAGUUUUGCCCGUUGCUGGGAAGGAAUCAACUUUGAUGAAAAAGAUUGAAGGUUUGAAUGCAAAAGUUCGAGCCCAUGAUGGGCAUUUUGAUCAACCAAUUGGAGAGGAGAAAAGUAGGCCAGUUAUUAAUGUUAAUGUUAAAAAUUCUGUGGAUGAAACUGGAAGCUCGACCAUGUGUUUUGAAAGGACACAUAGCUCUGGAAACCCUGUUUCACAGCCACAUGUUUCAACCACUGACGUGUCGAGGAGAAGCUAUCAUGGUUUGCAAGGUAGAAGUGAUCAUCUUGCUAAAGCCAAGUUCAGUUGCCGUGACGAUGGUUGGCGGAAGCAGCCUCUUUCUGCCGAAUGCCCCCCUUCUUUUUCAUAUCCUAGUAUUAUAUCUGCUUCUAAUGUUCAGACUCAUGGGUCUAAUCCUCAAGUUGAGGCUAUUGAAAAUAUUGUGACUAGUGUACCUGGGAAGGACGAGAAAGAAUCUGUGCCUGAAUUAUUUGAUUCAGUUGGUGGCCAGACACAGCGUGCUAAAAUGAAAGAGUUGGCAAAGCAACGUGCCUUACAGCUACAGAAAGAAGAGGAGGAACGAACUAGGGAGCAGAAGGCCAAGGCUCUUGCUAAAUUGGAGGAAUUGAAUCGGCGUAUGCAAGGAGGUGAUUCUUCAGCCCAGAAGGCUGAAAAAGCUCCAAUCACCAGUUCCAUAAAGGAAGAGCAAGGACAGAGUCCACUUACUGAAUCAGUUGCCACUGGUUCCUACUCUGAAGCACGAAGUGCACCUUUGGGCACAAAGCUUGAUGGUGUUGCUGAAGUAAAUGGGAGCACUCCUAGCCAGGGUGGUGAAGGUAGUAGUAUUGAGUUACAAAGGAAGACUGCUAAAACAGCUGACUUAGAACCUACCAUUGCACAUGAACCGACUUUGACACUUCAGCAAGAUCUCAACAGCACUGCCACUGAUGGCAGGCUAACCCACCAAUCUAAUGACAGACAUAAACGUACUGGCUACAAGCAAAGACAGAGUGUUGCAGCCCAUAAGAAUUUGAAUGAAUCAUCAGCUCCAGUUGUUGUUAAUGAGGCUCCAAAGAAUCAUGUUGAUUACCCUGUGAAUGAUGAUGUAUCAACUGAGGUUGCUAUUCACAGAGUUGGUCCAGGUGGUGAAUCAAACACACCCAAUAACUCUAGUACUAUGGUCGAGGCCUGUUUACAGCAGAGAAGGAAAGGAAGUAGGGGUAGCAAGAAUAAGCAGAAGAUUGACGAUAUGCAAUCUACCCCUGCUUCACUUCCUACAAUGCAUUCUAACAAUGCUACUGCAAAAAACACAGAAAAUGAAGUCUCCAAGACUUCUCUGCAAGUUUUAGAUGUCAGUUCUGUUCAGGCAGCAAUGAAUAGUGACAAUGGGCUGCAAUCUUCAGAGCACCACUCUCCUUUUUCUAGCAAAGAAGGCCAUGGCAGAGUAAGUAAUCAGUGGAAACCUCAGCACUCUCGCAGGAUAUCAAGAAAUCAACACGGUAAUAGAUUUGUGGAUAAAUCGCAUGUAAGUGAUGCCGUUGUGUGGGCUCCUGUUCGAUCACAGACUAAACAUGAUACUGAUGUUUUAGGUAGUCAGAAACUGGUACCUGAUUCUGCAACUCCUGUGACGGGUGACAAUGUGGUGCAGAGUAAUUCUAAAAGCAAGAGGGCUGAAAUGGAGAGGUAUGUUCCAAAGCCAGUUGCCAAAGAGUUGGCUCAGCAGGGAAGUGGUCAACUCCCAGCCCUCACUUCCAACAUUCAUGCAUCAGUAGAUGCUACAAGCGGAAAGGCAGAAUCGCGAUUUGAAAGCACCAGAUCUCUUCAACCUGUGGCUUCGACUGCUGAGAAUGUGGGAUCUGUCAUAGAUUCCAGGGAAGGGGAAGGUAAGACCAAUAAUAGUAGACAUGGAAGAGCAUGGCGCCAACGCAAUUCAACAGAACCACAGCAUGUGAAGGAUGUGCACCAUGUAUCAUCAGUGCCAUCAGUCCAUGGCACAAGCGAUGAGAAAUCUGGCCGAAAUCAGUCUAAAGAACCAGAGUCAGAUUCAACCAAGUCUGUAUCCAUGUGUACUAGUGACUUGAAUAAUUUGGAUGGUUGGGGGAUGCCUAUUGAUUCAGCAGCUCAACCCAUGUGUUUGGGAGCCAAAGAUGAAGGUGCAACAACAGGCAAAGCAAAAUGGAAUUCUACUAGGGACUACAAAAGCACAGUCAAUGCUGGGCCAGAUCACAAAAAUAGUAAAAUCGUUGAGACUGGAAAAGUUUACAAUCAGUCAGUGGUGCCUGACAUUAAGGAGAUUGACAGAAUGGUAUCUGCUAAAGAAAAUCGUGUCACUGGAAGUCGGGCUUUAUCUCAUUGGAAACCCAAGUCUCAUGUGCAUCCAGUUAACAGUCAGGUGCAUGUUCGACAACAAUGUGAGAAAGGUGAAGUAGGUGAGGCUGAGCUUGAUCUUUCUGCAUCUGAAAAUAAAACAGUGCUAGAUUUGAAUCAGGGUCCCAAAAGAGAUGGAAAACAACAUUCAUUAGGUGGGAGACCUAUCUCCCCAAACCAACCUCCUGUUGGCUUGGAUGAAUCUGUUCCUGUGAGUGCAGAAACUCAGAAUGAGCAGCGCUUUACCUCAGGAUUCAGAAGGGGUGGGCAAAACAACCGUAUAGGUAGGGGCCAAGAAUCAGGUGGAGAUUGGUCUUCUGGGUAUGAUAAUCAGCAGCAUAAUGUCCAUGUUAACCGGGAAAGGCGACGAAGUAAUAUGCUGCAUUAUGAAUACCAGCCAGUAGGACAACACAACAAUAAGUCCAGCAACUUUGGUGGGCCAGCAUAUAGCUCUCAAAAUGUUCCAAGAUACCGAGAGAGGGGACAGUCGAGACGGGGAGGUGGAAAUUUUCAUGAGCGGAAAGGAGGGCAUCUUAGGGGAAACUCCAGUUAUGAUUGAUGGUAAUGUGGUUAAUAGAUUUAUUUCUGUGACGGAAAUCCCUAGACACUCGGUGCUUCUUGAUUGAGCCACAGUAUCUGCUGCAUUUGCUUAGGGGAGUCAUUUUACCUUCGUAGGAAUAUUUUUGCAUAGUUGGACUAAAAUGUGAGUGUUUUUCAAUCCUGGACAAAAAGUGAAAUACUCUAAUGAGAUCCAUUUUCUAGAGA